AUGGAAUUGUUACAUUUGUUUUGUAGAAUCCAAGUCAAAGUAGGAGGCAAGCCUGUUAUUGUUAGAGUUAAACGUAAAGUAGGAAGGGACUUGAAAACGUUAUGGCAAUUAGGGUUGGAGAUCAAUGAAAGAUCAUUCAAACUGCCGUUACUGAACUUAUCAAAGCUACCUCUUUCCGGUUCCGUGAAGAAAGAGGAUGUGAAGCCCAAGAAGGUGCUCUUGCGGCACUUGGAGACAGUCACUGUUGAUGUCAUUCACUCUCUAUUUGCGAGGCAACUUGCAGCAAAGGAAAGUUUGAAGAGCCUAAAGUUGCUUUCAAGAAGGAAGGAACAGCGCUUGACCAAAGACUGCAAAAAGCAACAGGUAGCUAACUCGAGACUUGUGAAAAGUUUUACUGUUUCUGCUAGACCGCUGCAUAGAAUGCUCGGCUUGAGCAAUUGGCGGAGUGGGAAGGGAAACAAAGAUAAAGAACUUCAUGAGAGGUGUAGUUUCUAUGAUGUUAUUCGUGUUGAUGCUGAAGAAAAACCAGAGUAA